ACUGCUACUUAGCAGCUUAUUUUGUCUGCUUCGAAUGCAUUGAUGAGCAAAAUAAUGAAGGAUUAUAUUAAUAAAUAUUUCCUGAAAAUUCACAAGAGCUGAGGAAAUUGUGUGUUCAAUUCCAGGAUGAUUUGGUUUUUGUUCUUCAUUAUUCAUGAAAUAUCAGCUCACAACGCUCAUAUAAUUUUAAGGGAUUUAGGAGAGAAAGAAUAUUCCUUGAUAAAAGCAAAGACAUCAUUGCCACAGCAUGGAAAAUGCUGGCAUGCUGCACUUCAAGCGUUAGAAGGCAACUGCGACAGACUGAAUGAUCAGGAACAUUCAUUUCUCGCCUUGCGUCUGGCAAAUUGUUUUUUGGAGGAUUCCGGUUACACGACUUAUGAUUGCCAUCUCAGUCAGUCGGAAGACGAGCGUCGGAAAUGCAUUGCCAGCAUGACAGAUCGAGCAUUUAGUGUUUACAAUGAAUUUUACACUCAUGCUACCCAUAUCUGUUUCUUUUUAAGUCACGAAGCUUGGCAGGCAGAAGUUGACAAUACUAUAAAGUUAUUGUUUCAAGUAUCUUCUCGAAUGAAGGAUCAAUUAUUGGAAGCAUCAGAAAUGCAGAGUGUGAUAUUGAACAGUCAAAAGGAAGGUUUGCGUAUUCAAAACGAGCUUUUAGAUCACGGUAAAGAGCUCGGGACCGUGUUACAGACUUCGUCUGAGACAGUCAGCAAUAUGGUAUCAGAUUUUAGAGAAUCGGCCAAAGAUCAAAAGGAGUUACUUUAUGAGAUUUUCUCAUAUAUACGCACUUUUCAAAAUUGGAUUAUUGGAGAAGUAUCUUGGUUCCAAUCCAUCAUAUUUUAUACUAUAAGUUGUAUUCUUUGCGCAUUAUUCAGUUCUUCUAAAAGUACAGCUGAUGCAAGAGUUAAACUCUUUAGUAUCCUAAGUUUAAAUAUAGUGGCUGAGAGAAUAUUAAUUCAAUAUUAUGAUAAAAUUAUACCUCAAUCUCCAGAUGAUAAGACACAUCUAUUAAGUACAAUAUGGUUGUAUAGAAAAAUUGCCUUAACACUUUGUGCCGUAACAUUAUUUUGUACAUAUUAUUGUUACAAAGAUGGACAGUUAGAGAACUAUAAAACUUUGCAAAGAAUUGAACAGCAAUUGGAUACCACAAAAACUACAAUUAUCUCCAACAGCAUUGAACCAAUUCGUUAUUCAAAACGACUCGCAUUGAAGCGUCUACAUGUGGAUUCUAGUGAACGAAAGGCUAUCAUUGACAAAAAAUGACAAAUAAUUAAUAAAAUUAUUAUCUACAUAUAUUUUUUACUGACAAUUGUA